GGUUGUGAAAACAGGCGGGACACCAAAAAUUCCAGACUGUUUCCAGCGCACCCCUAAAAAGCUUACUAUUCCAGACAAGGCAGAAAUCCUUGCAGUGAAUGUGGAUUCUAAGGGUGUUCAUACUGUGCUGAAGACAGGUAGCUGGGUCCGCUACUGUAUCUUCGACCUAGCUACAGGAAAGGCUGAGCAGGAACACAACUUUCCUACAAACAGUGUUGCUUUUCUUGGCCAGAAUGAGCGCGAUGUGGCAAUUUAUACAGCUGGGCAGGAAUCUCCAAUUAUCCUUCGGGAUGGAAAUGGCACAAUAUACCCCAUGGCUAAAGAUUGUAUGGGUGGAAUCCGUGAUCCCGACUGGUUAGAUCUCCCACCAAUUACUAGUCUUGGAAUGGGGAUCCAUUCUUUGACAAAUCUUCCUGCAAAUUCAUCCAUUAAGAAAAAAGCAGCCGUCAUUGUAAUGACUGUAGAGAAACAAGCAUUAAUGCAGCACAUACUGCGAUGUGAUUAUGAAGCUUCCAGGCAGUACUUGAUGAAUCUUGAACAGGCUGUUUUGCUUGAACAAACACCACAAGUACUAAAUACAUUCCUCAGCAAUCGAUGUGAUGGGAAUCGUAAUGUCUUACAUGCUUGCGUGUCUGUUUGUUUCCCUACAAGUAAUAAAGAGACAAAAGAGGAAGAAGAAGCAGAGCGCUCCGAGAGGAAUACAUUUGCAGAGAGGUUAUCAGCAGUCGAGGCCAUCGCAAAUGCAAUUUCAGUUGUGUCAAGUAAUAGUAGUGGUAACAGGACUGGACCAUCUAGCAGUCGUAGUUUAAGAUUGCGUGAGAUGAUGAGGCGCUCCCUGCGAGCAGCAGGCUUGGGUCGUCAUGAGUCUGGUGCUUCAUCCAGUGACCAUCAGGAUCCAGUAUCUCCUCCUAUUGCCCCACUUAGCUGGGCACCAGAUCCACCUGCAAUUGAUCCAGAUGGUGACAUUGAUUUUAUCCUGGCUCCUGCUGUGGGAUCUCUUACUACAGCAGCAUCUGGUACUGGACAAGGACCAAGCACAUCCACCAUACCAGGUAAGAUUUCCUUUUUCUAUAAAACUUUCUUUACCUUGUCUUGA